AUGGCCCUGCAAGUCUCUUGCUCGGCGCUCACCCAGUGGUCUCUAACUCUCACACUUACUUCCGCACCGUACCCCCAGCGUGUAUCUUCCUCUCACGGCAAAUCGUCUUCUGAGUCCCGGUCUUUUUUUCUGCCCUUGCUCCCUGACCCGAACCCCCCAUUGGGUUAUUGUCUGCCGUCUUCCCUGGCGGGAGUGCAGCGCCAUGCCAUGCCACGCCCAGCUUUUGCCUGCCCUGCCCAUGUUGUGCUGUGUGUACGGAUACAAAGUAGUGCUCUGUGUGCAGUGUGCUGCGUGUUGUGUGUGUGUGUGCCUCUGCUCUGCUGCUGUGCUUUGCGUUGCGGCACUUUGCUUCGUCGUCUUUGGUUCGCUCUGGUCCAAUCCAUUCCUGUUGGAGCAAAGCAAUCCAACCUAGCCCAUAAUUACCGCCCUUUCUGCCCUGCAACGACAUGA